AUGUCUGAAAGAGGUACACUGGCCUUUUACUUUAUGAAAAGAAAAGCCAAUGUUCAUGCUGCACAAGAGAGUUUAUGUGAAUCGAUUCAAUCAACCAUAAAUGAAUAUUCGGCUGAUGAAGUAUUAAAUUCGAACAAUUCUUCAACACGAGCAUCUUCUUCUACGUCUUCAGCACCAACACUGAUAAUACAAACAGUAACUGAUACUAAUAGUGAUACUGUCAAUGGUGCAUCAACUCUUGAAUAUUCACGUGCAGCGAAUAGUGGUGGUAUGAUAUCUGUCGAAUUUGUUCAACGGGAUCCAUCACGUGGUCCAACGUUCGCAAAGGAGUUUGUUUCACUUGGACCGCAUCAACCAAAAUACAAUUAUCCAACUAUUGAAAAGCGGCAUUUUUGUCACAAAUGGUUCAAAAGCUAUCCAUGGCUUGAAUAUAGCAUUACCAAUAAUAAAGCAUACUGCUUUUUUUGUCGAUUUGCUUAUGAUCCAGUGAAAUCUGAUGAAAUAUUUACGAUCACUGGUUUUAAUAACUGGAAAAAAGGCAUUGAAAAGUUUAAUAAACAUCAAUCAAGUUUGUUACACAAGCUAGCACAUGAAAAAUGGACAAUUGCUGAAAAGAAUCGAAUUAAUAACACGAAUGUAUUGAUAAAUUAUCAGGACAAUAAUUUUUUAGGUAAACAAUGCUUAUCUUUACGAGGACAUCGUGAACAUGAAGAAGCUGAAAAUCGUGGAAACUUCCUUGAAUUACUUCAACUCCGUAGUUCUGACAAUGAUAUUAUUAAAAGAAAACUUUCCUCAUUGAAAUUUACUGAUCAUAAAAUUCAAAAUGAACUAUUAAUUUCCAUUCAAGAAAAUAUUACUGAACAAAUUGUUUCGGAUAUAAAGAAAUCCAAAUAUUUUUCAGUUAUGAUUGAUGAAACGACUGAUAUCUCAAACCAUCAACAAGUGUCUUUAGUAAUUCGGUAUGUCGAUGAUUUCUUCAAUGUUUAUGAACGUUUUCUUGGCUUCGAACGGACUUUUGACACAACUGCUAUCUAUAUUCAUUGCAAUGGUCAUGUGCUUAAUUUAUGUUUGAUCGAUGUAUCGUCGGCUAUUGUUCCGAUUCGAAAUAAUUUCGGUGUCAUCGAGGCGCUUUACAAUUUCUUUGAAGGAUCCGCUAAGCGUCAUCAUGUAUUUGAAGAUGUACAAAAGCAAGCUGGAUUGAAGGCAAUCGUUAUGAAACGACUAUGUGAUACCCGCUGGACGUGUCGAUCGGAAUGUUUGACUGUAGUACUCAAUCGAUAUUCAGAAAUACUCGAUGCUCUGGAAACAGUUAGUAAUGGAUUUAUCAUGUUAAAUACAAUUAAAAGAUUGGAUUUCAUUUUUCAUUUGAUUAUCAUGAGUGAAGUAUAUUCGAUAACGAAUAUAUUAUCAAGGUAUUUGCAACAUUCAAGCAUUUCGUUAAGUGGCGCAUUAGUUCAUGUGAAACUUACAAUUGAAACACUAUCAGCUUUACGAACAGAAUCAAAAUUUGAAGAAUUUUGGAAGAAAACGAUUGAUAUUUGUGAAGCUAAUGAUAUUGAUGAUCAAGUCAAAAUCCGAAAAAGGAAAAUUCCUGCAAAGUUAGGCGGUGGUUAUGUAAUUCCAGACGAUUUUUCACUCAAAGAUAAUUACCGUGUAAAUUCAUAUUUUGCCGUCAUCGAAAAGGUAACAGCUGCUAUUGAUAAUAGAUUUGAUGAAAACAACGUUGAAAUUGUUGUUUUAUGUGAAAGACUAUUCUUAACGAAAAAUUUACUUUUAUCUGAUGAAAUUUUGCAAUUAACUACAUUCUAUGGACUGAGUUACACCGAUUGCAAAAGCGAACAAUUAUUAUACAAAACAGCACUUAAUCAACAACAAUCAAUGAACAUGGACAUCAAGUCGAUUACCAAGUUUUUUCUUCAGAAAAGUUUUCAUCUCGCAUUACCAACUAUGAAUGAAUUACUUCGGAUUCUGUGGACAAUUCCAGUAAACGUCUGCGAAUGCGAACGAAGUUUCUCGUGUUUAAGACGCUUGAAAACUUAUUUACGAAGUACAAUGGAUCAAGAACGCUUGUCUGCUCUGGCGUUAGUUCAUAUUGAGAGAGACAUAAUCAUUGAUAUCGAUAAGAUUGUAGAAAAGUUUGUUAGAAAGAACGACACCAGAAAAACACAAUUUUCAUAUUGA